AUAAUAUUUGUUGUAAAGAUUGUAGCAUAUUUGUUUUGUUUCGGUACUUUAUCACUGUAAAAUUAUUUUCGCACAAGCAUAUUUUUGGAAACAUUCAUGUAGAAUAGAUUGUCUGAAGAACUGCUUAGCAGGGCGGGUAAAUAUUGGUACGAAGCGUCUGCUAAUUAUGUCUGGGAAGCGCAAUAUAUCGUAUGUUAAACCACAAGAUCCUAGUUUUCUAGCCAAGUUAAAAUCACAAAUCGGUUAUAAAGAGGGGCCAACUAUUGAGGCGAAGCGUCAAAGAGUAGAUUUCGAAGAUAAUAGUUCAGAUAGUGAAGGACGACCAGAUCGCGAAGAAGAAAAACCCCAAAUCGUUGUUUUACAAAAAGGAGAUUUGAACGCUGAAGAAGUCGGGUUGGAAGAAGCGCGAAUUGCAAAAGAAGCAGCAGAGGCACGAGCCGAUCUUAGCAAGCCAAUAGUAUUUCACAAGCGUAAAGAAAAGUGCAGAAAUACGGAAACAUUGGCAAAUACAAGCAGCUCCAAAUCUAAUAGCAACGGUACCAAUACCUCUCAGCCAAACAAAACAAAUAAGGAGGAUUUAAAAUCAAUUAAAAAGAAGAGAGAAAAACAAGCAAACAAAUUAUCUUUUAACUUAGAAGAAGAGGACGACGAAUAACCAUAAGAUUGUUUCUUCUUAAAA